AUGGCUCAUCGAUAUUCCCCGUCAGCACCCCCUAGGUCGCCCUCACAGCCUGACCUUACGUUUCGAAUCUCCCUCGACUUCAUCCUCAUCGGUUCAAAACCCGCCUCCGACCUCAUCUACGAACCCUCCGACCCCCAUCGCCCCAUCUAUGCCAUGCGCACCCUCCUCCAGCACCUCCUACGCCCAAUCCCCUCUACCAACCCAACCCAUGACGAAAACGAAGACCUCAAAGCCCUCGACAUCCAACUCUCCCCCUUCUCCCUCCUCAACCUCUCCGCCCUCAACACCACAGCCUGGACCCUAAACCCUCACCCCGCCGCCACUCUCACGCCCCGCUCCACCCUCGCACUCCCCUCAACCUGGUUCCAAACCGGCAUCCGCCUCCACAGCCCCCCCUUGGCGCCCGCCGACCCCGACUUCAGCUGGCGCGAACAGCUCCACCACAUCCUGCACACCCUCCACGCGAACUUCGACAACGCGAGCCCCGCCUUCCCGUUCCGCCUCCUCGUGAACGAGACCUGCGACUUCAACGUUCGGGUGAGCACGAGCGACCCAGAGGACAGCAGCGAGCGCGGGGUAGUAGACACAGUAAGUCGCGUGUGGCAGCUGCUAACGGGGUUCGAGCGGCUGUUCGCGCAGGUCAGCGCGGUGAGUCGGCUGGCGGGGACGGCGCAGCCGAGCGCGUUUUUCAGGCUGCAGGAUGGGGCGAAGGGGACGCGGCAGUGGUGUCGGAUUAUUAGGCGUGCGGCGAAGGACGGGGAGUUGGGGGCGUUGGGGAGGGAGUUUGGGUGGGCGGGGGAGAGGAGUGGGAGGAGGGUGGGGUGGGGGUUUGAUAUUCGGGAGACUGAGACGGGCUUCCGGGGGAAGGAGAUGGCGGAGGUGGAGUUUGGACAGCAUAGGGGGACGCUGGAUUAUGCGGAUGUCGUUGCUUGGGUAGAUGUUGUUGCGGCGAUGGUGGAGAGCUGUGCGUGGAACACGGAUUCGGUGGUGGAGGAGCUGAUAGAGAAGUAUGUCGGCGAUGCUGGGUUCUCUCCUCAUGACCUUCUCCGGGAAAUCGGCGCGCAGAGGUUCACGCGCGAUCACUAUCGCUGGCGUAACAGUGGUCAGGACGGCAAGAACGGUACUGCGGGUGCGGAGCGAAGGGUGCAGAUGCGACGGGCGACUGGGGAGGCAGCGGAAGUCGUGAGGAGGGUUGAGACGGAGAGGUGGUUGGAUCGGAGGGGGGAUCGGGUGGGGAAAUUCAUUGGGCAGUAUGAGAGAGCGGGCGGGUUUGGAGAGGUAAGUGAGGAGGAGGAUAUUGAAGAGGUGGUGAGUGAGGAGGGGGGCGAGGAAGAUGCCGAAAAGGGGGAAAUGGCGGCGGAGGUAGAGGCGAUUUGGGGCUUUCUUGGGUAUGACAGCGAGGGGACGUCGCAUUAUGGGAUGUGA